GUUCAGACGUCAUCGUUAAGGUAGUAAAAGUUUGACAUUUGCGCAAGUAGAGGUUAUAAUGAAUGGUUUUCACAAUGGCAGAAGCGUGGGUCUGUCCUACUGUGUUGCUGUGUUUUUAUGGUUUUUUCUCCAAUGUGAGACCGUCAGAGCCUUUCUUGAAUCCGUACCUGCUCGGGCCCGAUAAAAACCUCAGCCAAACGCAGGUGAUUAAUGAAAUCUAUCCAGUAUGGACUUACUCCUACCUUGCACUACUGUUUCCUGUAUUUCUAGCCACAGACUAUCUACGUUACAAACCUGUCAUCAUUUUGCAGGGAGCUGCCUUCAUUAUAACCUACAUAAUGCUUUUGUGUGCACAGGGAGUGUUGGCUAUACAGUUUUUGGAGUUUUCUUUUGGAGUUGCCACAGCAGCUGAGGUUGCAUACUUUUCCUAUAUAUACAGUGUAGUGGAAACUGCCCAGUAUAAGAAAGUGACAGCUUAUUGUCGUAGUGUCACACUGGUGGCUUAUACUGUUGGCUCCAUCUGUGGCCAAGUUCUUGUGUCUGUAUUCAAAGUGCAUUUGUAUUAUCUUAAUGUGUUUACUUUAGUAUCUGUGUCAUUGGCUUUUAUCAGUUCAUGGUUUCUUCCAAUGGCAAAAAAGAGCUUAUUUUUUCACCCAAGGCUGGAACAUUCAAAUAACCAUAGUUCUGAGAAGACUACAUGUUUAAACAGCAAAGAAUGUUUGGAACAAGUACCUCAGGCAGAGGAUGUAGAAUCAAAGCUGCCACUAAAUGACAGCUGCCGUCAGUCUUCACAUCUGGAUGCGAAGGACAUUGAUAGAAAAUCUGAGCUGCUUGGAGUCCUGAGAAUGCUAUGGUUGGACUUUCUUGAUUGCUACUCCUCUUGGACUCUGGUACGGUGGUCUUUGUGGUGGGCAUUGUCCACCUGUGGGUAUUUUCAGGUGGUUAAUUAUAUCCAAGCACUCUGGGACGAGGUCCUGCCAUCGGAGCACUCCACAAUCUACAAUGGUAGUGUGGAGGCUGUUUCCACACUGUUAGGUGCUGCCGUUGCAUUUGCCAUUGGAUUUGUGAAGGUGUCGUGGGAUGUUUGGGGUGAACUGGCUUUGUGUACUUCCUCUGUACUAAUAGCUGCAUCUGUCUUCAUCAUGGAUUUUGUCAGGAACAUCUGGGUGUGCUAUGCUUCCUAUGUUGCUUUCAGAAGCAUUUAUAUGCUUCUCAUAACAAUUGCAACGUAUCAGAUUGCUGUGAAUUUAAGCAUGGAGAGGUAUGCAUUAAUUUUUGGUGUGAACACCUUUGUUGCCCUGGCUUUACAAACAGUACUCACAAUAGUGUUUGUUGACAAGAGUGGACUGGGACUGGAUAUUUUCACUCAGUUUCUUAUAUAUGCAAUCUAUUUUUGUGUGAUUGCACUUAUAUUUCUGGUAACUACAGUGUACAGAUGUUUGAAAAAACGGAGAAUUUCUCACCUGCACUCACUUAAACAAUAAAUUGAACAAAAAACUGCAGAAGAGUGGAGAUAUAAAGAGAAGAUGAACUGUAGUACUCGCAAUACAGCAUUUGAGUGAACAAACAGCUGUUAGCAGGUGACUGCUGUUUUUUUUUUUGUUUUUUUUUCUCCCUCUCCAUGUCACAAAUGAUUCUUUAUUUUUGAAAUUUGAAGUUUAUUUUUUAAACACAUUCCUGGAGUGAUUCCAAUAGUACAUUCUUUACCACAGAUGACUUAAUUUGAAUUUAGUCUAAGUAUUGUUAUUGGUAGAUGACAGAGUUCUCCUACCAGUACUACUAAGAUUCUGCACAAGUCAGCAAUUAAUAUUGCAUUGUGGUUUACGGAUUGUGAUUCCUGCUGCUAAAUGUAUGAUGAGGUAAACUGAUUUAAGCUGAUAUGAAAUUAUUUGGAAGGUGCAGUCCUACAGAAUUCAUAUUGGGCAAUAUAACUAAGCUGUGGAAAGUUUUCUAACUUAUUUUGCACUGACAUUUAGCCUUAAAUUUAGAAUGUGUUACCAUUUUGAUUCCAGUUAAGUGUUUUGUUGCUAGAGUAAAAACAAAACAAAUAUUUUUUUGUGGUAGUUUAAUACAGGUAAAAUGGCAGCUUCUGUAUUCUGCCACUUAAUAUGUGUAGUUUACACUUCAAUGGCACUUAAGUAUAAUCGCACAUGUAGUGCAAUGUGUAGCUUUAAAUUUGAUUUAAUAGCUGCAUAUUAUCUAAAAGAAACCGGCAGCAAUGUUGCACAGAAAGGCUUUCUGACCAUAUUUAUCUAUGUGUAAGAAGCACUUUCUAAUCUUUAUAAUCUUUUUAAGGAAAAGAGAAAAUUACUAAUUAACAGUAUUUAAAUAAUAAAAUAAACUUCAGGUACUGAGUCAUUUCUGACUUGAGCAAUGAACUAUUUAAAACUGGUAGUAAAAAAUAAAGUUAACAUUCAGUAUCUAGUGUGAUCUUUACUUGAUGUCUGUAUUUCCGCAUUGAUCUGUUUGAUUGGUGAUCUUUAUAUAAAAAAGGCCCUCUUCACAUGUAAGUGAAUAAACACUUCCUUGUGAUUCACUGAAUUAAUAUGCAACUCCCGCUUUUUUUUUCUUUCUUUAAAUAUGACUGACUCUCUUUAUUAACCCUAGAAUUCUGAGGAAGCAAACAAUAAAAGCAUUUGAGGUAUAUAUCUUGAUAAGGCUCCACAUGCGGAAGCUAGUAAUAAAAUUACAUGAUGUGGCACGACAGCCCAAGCUAAAAGUUACCACAUCUUCUCAAAUAUCUGGAAUACAUUUCACCAUUUAAGAUGCACUGUGAACGUGGGGGCAAAAUUGGCUUUAAUGCAAAAAACAAAGGAUUAUGGUGAAAGAAACUUUGUUAAAUUACUAAACAAAAAAAUGUUAUGUAACUACUUGUUAUCAAGUGUGUUACUUUUGUUACUUUUUCAUUUGGGAUUUUACUGGCCAGCAUUUGUUAUUAAACCUAGUGACAGAAGUAGGUGUGCAGCAAGUACCAGCUUUAUUUCAUUUUCCAUAUUUGCAUACCUAUAGUAAAUAAUUGUGUACUGGAACCUUCAAGUAGGACAUCAAACAACCCAUAAAUCCUGGCAAGUCCAGAAUUAAAUGUAUACUAAUAAACCUUUGUUCAAAUCUUCCCUAGUAAUAUAUUAAUGCGCAUAUACACAACCCCAAUUCAAAAAAUUUUGGGAUGCUGUGUAAAAUGUAAAUAAAAACAGAAUACAAUUAUUUGCAAAUUUCAUAAAUACAUACUAUAUUCACAGUAGAGCAUAGAAAAUGUGUCAAACAUUUCAACUGACAAAAUGUACCAUUUUAGGAAAAGAAUAAGGUCGUUUUGAAUUUGAUGGCAGCAACACAUCUUAAAAAGGUUGGGACAGGGCCAUGUUUACCACUGUGUAGCAGCCCCUGUUGUUUUAACAGUAGUCCAUAAACAUCAGGGAACUGAGGAGACCAGUUUCUGGAUGUUUGGGAGAGGAAUGUUGUCCCAUUCUUGUCUGAAAUAGUAUUUUAGCUGCUCAACACUCCUGGGUCUUCUUUGUCAUAUUUUUCAUUUUGUUAUACACCACAUGUUUCAUUUGGUGAAAGGUGUGGACUGUAGGCAGGUCAGUUCAGCACCCAGACUCUUAUACUAUGAAGCCAUGCUGUUGUGACAGAUGCAGUGUGCGGUUUAGCAUUGUCUUGGUGAAAUAUGCAAGGCCUUCGUUGAAAAAGAUGGUUGUCUGGAGGGGAGCAUAUAUUGCUCGCUCUAAAACCUGUAUAUACUGUGCCUUUCAGCAUUUCCAGAUGUGCAAGCUGCCAAUUCCAUAGGCACUAAUGCCCCCCCCAAACCAUCAGACUGAGUGCUAAUAACAUGCCGGAUGGUCCUUCUCUCUUGUCUAGAGGAUGUGGUGUCCGUGUUUUCCAAAAAAGAAUUUCAAAUUUCUAUUUGUCUGACCACUGAACAGUUUUCCAUUUUUCCUCAGUCCAUUUUAAAUAAGCUUUAGCCCAGAGAAGACGGCUGCGUUUCUGGAUCAUGCUCACAUAGGGCUUCUUAUUUGCAUGAUAGAGCUUUAAGCUUCAUUUAUGGGUGGCACAGCAAACUGUGUUUAUUGCGAUGACUUUUGGAAGUGUUCUUCAGUUAUUUCCAUGACAGAAUCAGACCUGUUUUUCAAUGCAGUGCCAUCUGCAGGCCCAAAGAUCACGGCCAUGCAAUACUAAUUUUCAGUCUUGUCCCUUGGACACAGAAAUUUCACCAGUUUCUCAGAAUCUUUUCAUGAUAUUUUGUACUGUAGAUGAUGAGAUAUUUAACAUCUUUGCAAUUUCAUGUUGAGAAACUUGAUUCUGAAAUUGUUCUACAAUUUGCAGACUGUUUUUUGCAGAUUGGUGAAUCUCUUCCCAUCUUUACUUCUGAGAGACUCUGCCUCUCUAAGAUGCUUGUUUUAUACCCAAUCAUGUUACUGACCUGUUGCCAAUUAAACUAAUUAGUUGCAAAAAUGUUCCUCCAGCUAUUGCUUUGUAGUACCUUUUUGUCGGCCCCUUCCCAACUUUUUUGAGACAUGUUGCUGUCAUCAAAUUCAAAAUAAACGAAUAGUUUUCAUGAAAUAGUAGAAGAAUGCAUCAUUUUCAACAUCUGAUACGAUUUCUAUGUGCUAUUGCGAAUACAACAUGGGUUUAUGAGAUUUGCAGAUCAUUGUAUUCUGUUUUUAUUUACA